AUGUUUAGAAAAUUCCGAAGCCUGGCUGAAGCAGAUCGUGGAGAGCCCAAACAUCGACACAGCAGAGACAGUGUGAGGACAGAGACACGCCCACCGGCGCCUCAGGCGGGGUCACUUCCGGGUCACACAGAUCCCGUCGCUGUUGGGAUGGCGACCGUCAGAUCUGAUCCUACCAACGAAGUUCUGGAGAAAAUUCGGGACGAAGUGGAGCACGAAGGCCAUGGCGCAUCUCACGUUUUCGUAAUUUUGGGGGCUUCUGGAGAUUUGGCAAAGAAAAAGAUUUAUCCCACUCUCUGGUGGCUUUUCAGAGAUGGUCUUUUACCACCAAAAACUCACUUCAUUGGCUAUGCAAGAAGCAAUCUUACUCUGGAAGAAGUGAAAAAGAGCUGUUUACCGCACAUGAAGGCUGUGGCCGGUGAAGAGGGCAAGUUAAAAGAGUUCUUCAAGCUAAAUGAGUACGUGGCAGGUAGUUACGACAAGACGGAAGACUUUCAGAAGCUGAACAAAGCAAUUGAACAAAGAGGCAGCUGUAAUAGGUUAUUCUACCUGGCCCUUCCUCCGUCCGUGUUUGAAACUGUAACACUUAACAUUAAAGCUCUCUGCAUGGCUAAAGGAGACAAAUGGACAAGGAUAGUGGUCGAGAAGCCAUUUGGACGAGACCUGGAAAGUUCCAACCAGCUGUCUCGUCACUUAGCAGCAUUGUUCAAAGAAGAGGAAUUAUACAGAAUUGAUCACUAUCUAGGCAAAGAGAUGGUUCAGAAUCUCAUGGUUUUACGAUUUGGAAACAGAAUAUUCAGCCCUAUCUGGAACCGGGAAAAUGUUGCAAGUAUUGUUAUAUCCUUCAAAGAGCCAUUUGGAACCCAAGGCAGGGGAGGUUACUUUGAUGAAUUUGGUAUUCUCAGAGAUGUUAUGCAAAACCAUUUACUACAAAUUUUAACAUUGGUUGCUAUGGAAAAACCACCUUCAACAAGUUCUGAAGAUAUUAGAAAUGAAAAGGUGAAAGUGCUCAGAAGCAUCCCUUGCCCCAGCAUGGACAACGUUGUCUUGGGCCAGUACGUGGGUAACCCCCAUGGAGACAACGAGACCAGAAUGGGCUACCUGGAUGAUACUACAGUACCCAAAGGAUCUGUCACGCCCACAUUUGCUACAGUUGUUCUGUACGUGAAAAAUGAGCGCUGGGAUGGUGUGCCUUUCAUCCUCAGAUGUGGCAAAGCUUUAAAUGAACGCAAGGCUGAAGUCAGGGUGCAGUUUAAAGAUGUGGCCGGAGACAUUUUUCCUGCGGGGGAAGUGAAGCGAAACGAGCUGGUCAUCCGGGUGCAGCCAAGUGAGGCAAUCUACAUGAAGAUGAUGGCCAAAACACCAGGAAUGAGCAUCAAUUGUGAGGAGAGUGAGUUGGAUCUCACGUACGGCAGCAGGUAUAGGGAUGUGAAAAUGCCUGAUGCCUAUGAGCGCCUGUUGUUGGAUGUGUUCAUGGGUUCUCAGAUUCACUUUGUCAGGUCUGACGAACUGUUUGAGGCAUGGCGUAUUUUCACACCUUUAUUACAUUACAUCGAGAAGGAGAAACCCAAACCUAUUGAAUACACCUACGGCAGCCGGGGACCAACAGAAUCGGACCAGCUGAUGACACGAACCGGUUUCAGUUACACGGGCUCCUAUAUAUGGAAAUCUACUAGCACAGGCUUUAACCAAUAG